GGAACAGAUGGCUGGGAGGAGGCCACCCUGGCUCCCAAGGCAAUGGAGCCUGGACCGCCUGUGGCGCAGCGCGCGUGACACCCACCUGACUCCCAAGCAGUCUCUUCGUCGCCGCCCGCUGCAGUCGCGGCGGCAUGGCUCUCCAACCAUCUCCACCACAGUCGGCAAUGUGUCCUUCAGCCUGGAUGCUCCAGACGUGCUCCAAUCGCAGCUUCCUGUUCGCACACUCUCCGAGGGGCGGCCAACUACGUGGCGUGUGCCAGGCUGCCGUGCCAUUCAGGCAGCCCGCGCUCACCUCCGGACCUCGUCCCUGCCGGCUUCCGACUGCUCAAGCACCCACCAGAUUCAGCCCUUGCUUGGCCCUCGUUCGCGGAUUCCAUGCUGCCGACACCCAAAAAAAGGCCAGCGCACCAGCAAGUCCUCCAGUGGCACAGAAAGAUGAGCAGCUCAUGAACGACAAGAUCCCCUUCUCGGUCAUCCGCAUGAUCGACGCCGUCUCCAACCACAACCACAGCUCGAUCGCGACCAAGGAGGCCCUCAAGCUCGUAGACCUGUCGAAAUACAAUCUCGUCUGCGUCAACGUCAAGGUCAGCCCUCCGAUAUGUCGGGUGAUGCCCAAGCCCGCACCGGAGCCACCCAAGCCCAAGAAGAGUACCGAGCCCAAAUCCAAGGAGAUUCAGCUCUCUGUUUCGAUUGGGCCACAUGAUCUGGACAUCAAGCUCCGCAAAGCCCGCGAGUUCCUUGAAAAGGGAUACAUUGUCGAAUUCUCGGUUCUGCCGCUCAUGGCACGCAACCGGGUGGUGGGGACUGGGGCUGCGGAAAUGAAGCUUGCCAACGAGAUCGUCGAGGCGCUGAAGCCUUAUCUGUCCCGGAAGCCCAUCAAAAUGGGCAACAAUGUCUCGGCUAUAUUCAAGGGUGUAGCUCCCGCACAAUGAAGGUGCUGUGCGGCCGAUGGAGACCGAACACGAUGAUCUGGGUGUAUUUGCAGUUGUCGCCGAUCUCGAUCUGAGGCACCCAUGGCCGACGGGGGCAUGUCGUCUCUGGCAUUCAGUGCUCACCACAGCCAAUCGAGAAAGAAACGGGACACCCUGGUUUUUUGACCAUUGAUCAAAUAAUUUAUUACCCAAUACCAUCGCGCGCUGGCCACGAC